AUGGAAAACGAUAAGGGUCAAUUAGUCGAACUUUACGUUCCAAGAAAGUGUUCUGCUACCAACAGAAUCAUCAAGGCCAAGGACCACUCCUCCGUCCAAAUCAACAUCGCUCAAGUCGAUGAAGAAGGUCGUGCCAUCCCAGGCGAAUACGUUACCUACGCUUUGUCUGGUUACAUCAGAGCCAGAGGUGAAGCUGAUGACUCUUUGAACAGAUUGGCUCAACAAGACGGUUUGUUGAAGAACGUCUGGAGCUACUCCCGUUAA